CUCCCGGUCUGUUUCCUGUCUCCCGGUCUGGUUCCUGUCUGCCAGUUUUGUUCCUGUCUCCCGGUCUGGUUCCUGUCUGCCAGUCUGGUUCCUGUCUCCCGGUCUGGUUCCUGUCUCCCGGUCUGGUUUCCGUCUACCGGUCUGCUUCCUGUCUCCCGGUCUGGUUCCUGUCUCCCGGUCUAUUUUUCAGUCUACUGGUCUGGUUCCUGUCUCCCGGUCUGCUUCCUGUCUCCCGGUCUGCUUCCUGUCUCCCAGUCUGGUUCCUGUCUCCCGGUCUGGUUCCUGUCUACCGGUCUGGUCCCGUCUGCCGGUCUGGUCUGCAGGAUGCGGGACGUCCGGCCGGUAGUGGAGGUGGUCCGUCUGGGCCUGGUCUCGUACACGGAGGCUCUGCGGCUGCAGCAGGUCUACGUGGACCGGCACCGGUCCGGUGCGGCUCACGCCCUGCUGCUGUGCCAGCACCCGCCGGUCUACACCACCGGGCUCCGCCAGGCGCCGUACCCGGCGGCGCUGCUGGAGCGGCUCCGCCUGCUGGGCGCCGCCGUGCACCGCUCCAACCGCGGCGGACUCAUCACCUUCCACGGGCCGGGCCAGCUGGUCUGCUACCCGGUCCUGCACCUGGCCGGCUUUAAGAAGAGUGUCCGCUGGUACGUCUCCGAGCUGGAGAAGACCGUCGUCUCCGUCUGCAGCCGCUUCGAUAUCGAGGCGUCCACGUCUCCUCACACCGGGGUCUGGGUCGGGGACAACAAGAUCUGCGCCAUCGGUACCACAACACACCUGCACGGAAACACACACACACACACACACACACACACACACACACACACACACACACACACACGCCAGUUUUACCUGCAGAGGUCGUUCUUCGUCACAGUGUCUUUGUCUUUGUAUGUCUGUCUCUCUCUGACUCUGUCUCGCUGUAUUUGUCCCUGUCCCUCUGUGUCUGUCCCUGUGUCCCUGUGUCUCCAGGGGUUAUAUUCCUACCUGUGCAGGUGUUUUCCAGACUUCAGCAGCAGAGGAGUCGUCGUUGGUUUCGACACCAGAGGACAGGAGGAGAGUGGCUGCAGCAGUCAGAGGUUGGCGAGGUUGGCGGCUGCGGUGAUGCUGAGCCGCGGCGUUCCUGUUCAUCUCUUCUCCACGUUCGUCCCGACGCCGUACGUGCCGUACGCGGUGAAGCAGCUCGGUGCUGCGGCCGGAGUGAUGAUCACGGCCUCGCACAACCCCAAAGAAGACAACGGCUACAAGGUGUACUGGUGUAACGGCGCCCAGAUCUCCGCCCCCCACGACAAGCGGAUCCUGCAGAGCAUCGAGGAGCAGCUGGAGCCCUGGAGCGCCUCCUGCUGGGAGGAGGAGCUGGUGGAGCGCAGCCCCCUGAGGACUGACCCCCUGACCCGGAUCAACAGCUGCUACAUGGAGGACCUGUCCUCGCUCUGCUUCCACAGGGAUCAGAACAGACGCUGUCCGUUGAAGUUUGUCCACUCGUCGUUCCACGGCGUGGGACACGCCUUCGUCCAGCAGGCCUUCCUCGUCUUCGGCUUCGCUCCGCCCGUCGCCGUCCCCGAGCAGAAAGACCCCGACCCCAACUUCCCGUCCGUCCGCUGUCCCAACCCCGAGGAGGGACAGUCGGUCCUGGAGCUGUCUCUGUCUCUGGCUGAGCGGGAAGACGCUCGCAUCGUCUUGGCGACGGAUCCGGACGCCGAUCGAUUGGCUGUGGCAGAGAAGUCAGACGGGUAA